AUGAGGGAUGAGUGUCACAGGAAGGAUGUGAGUAUGUCCAUAGGCUGGGAGGUGUGUAGGAGUGCUGGGAAUGAUAAAAUUUGGGUAUUCUGGUCAAAUGAGGUAAUUGUGAAUGUGGUGGAGGUUAGUGAGCAGGUAAUCACUCUGAGGGUGCAAAGUCCUGAGCUGGAAAAAGAGAUGCUUGUCUCCUGUGUCUAUGCAAGCUGUAAUGGGAGGGUGAGGAAGGAGCUAUGGGGGCAGUUGGAGACAAUGGCUGAGGGAAUGGGAAAUCAUAGGUGGGCUUGCUUUGGAGAUUUUAAUUGCAUCCUGAAUAUUGAUGAAAAGAAAGGGGGGCUACCUUACAAUAUCACAAAAAGUAGGGAUUUUCAGGAAUGUGUAGAUAGAGCUGAUUUGAGGGAAGUGACCUCAUAUGGGGGUCCUUUCUCAUGGUGGAAUGGAAGGCAAGGGGAGCAGGCUGUUUGGAAGAAGUUGGACAGGUGCAUGGUUAAUGCUGAGUGGGAUGAGAAUCUAAAAACACACAACCAGUACCUGUCCAAGGCAUCAUCAGAUCAUUCUCCUAUGGUGUUAACUGUGGAACCACAAAUAAAGUUUGGAAAGAAGCCUUUCAGAUAUCUCAAUGUGUGGUCAGAACAUGAGCAAUUCAUUGGGGUUGUAAGGAGGGGUGGGGAGGUGGAGGCAGAGGUGCAAAAUGAACCAUCUGAGCAAAAUCUGAUCAGGUAUAAAAAGGUGCAAGCUGAAUAUCAGAGAGCUUUGGCAGUGGAGGAGAAGUUCUGGCAACAGAAAUCUCAUGUGAGAUGGGUUGUUGAGGGAGAAAAGAACACAAAAUAUUAUCAUGGUCUAGUCAAAGAAAGGAGGAGAAAACAAGUUAUUCACAAAAUAAAGAGGGAGGAGGGAGGUUGGGUGGUGGAGCAGGAUCAGAUUGCUAAUAUGGCAGUUGAGUACUACCAGAAGCUUUUUGAGGCUCAGGAAACUCAGCUUGACCUAACCAUGUUUGAAUGCUUGCAGGGCAGUGUAACAGAAGAAGAGAACAGGAGGCUAGUAGCAAAUCCAACUGCAGAAGAGAUCAAGGAAAGCAUCUUUAGUAUGAAUCCCAACAGCUCUGCAGGGCCAGAUGGUUUUGGUGGGGGAUUUUAUCAGAGCUGCUGGGAUGUCAUCAAAGGUGACUUUUGUGAGGUAAUUGUCAGUUUCUUUCAAGGCAAAUCAUUAACAAAAUUCAUAACACAUACUGCCAUUGUUUUGAUCCCCAAGAUUCCAAACCCAGCCACUUUUGCAGAUUACAGGCCAAUCAGCCUAAGUAAUUUCUGCAAUAAGGUGAUUUCUAAGAUCAUGGUCAUGAGACUAGCUGAGAUUUUGGCUAGGCUUGUUGGUCCUUCUCAGGCUGGGUUUGUGAAAGGAAGGAACAUUAUUGAUAACAUCUUAUUAGCACAGGAAUUAUGUCAAGGAAUGACUGUGGCCAAUAAGGAUGUUGUGCUUAAGCUUGACAUGGCCAAAGCAUAUGACAGGAUGUCCUGGAAGUGUGUCUUGGCUGUGCUCAAAAAAUUUGGUUUCAGUCAAAAGUGGGUGGAUUUAGUUGACAAAACAAUAAAUAACAUUUGGUACUCAGUCAUUGUUAAUGGAAACCAGUGUGGCUUUUUCCACUCCACUAGAGGCUUAAGGCAGGGGGAUCCUUUGUCCCCCAGCUUAUUCAUUAUAGCUGCUGAGUUGUUGUCAAGUAUGUUGAGAGACAAUAAUGCAAAUUUUUCACAAGCUAAGGGGGGGCCUAAGGUGAAUCAUUUAUCCUUUGCUGAUGAUAUGAUUGUCUUUACUACUGGGAGGGGGGAUGAUCUAAGGAAUGUCAUGCAUACUCUAGAGAACUAUGAAAACCAAUCAGGGCAGUUAGUUAAUAAGGCUAAGAGUGGUUUCUACUUGCAUAAAAAUGUGAGAAGGGAGGUUGUAACAAAAGUAAAGGUCAUAACAAAGUUUCAACAAAAGGAUUUCCCUUUCACAUAUCUGGGAUGUCCUGUUUACAUGGGAAGGAAGAAUGUUUCUUUGUUUGCAGCACUGGUGGACAGGGUCUCAACAAGAUGCAGAGGAUGGCACACUAAAUUGUUGUCACAAGGAGGGAAGGCUGUACUGGUUAAGUCAGUAUUGCAGGCCCUUCCAAUGCAUAUAUUCUCAGCAAUUGAUCCUCCAAAAGCUGUGAUCAAACAGUUAGAGAGGAUCUUUGCUAACUUUUUCUGGGGAGAGGAAGGGGGAAAACUGAGGUAUCAUUGGAGUUCUUGGGAGUCAAUGGCAAAGGAUGUGGAUAUGGGAGGAGUAGGAUUCACUAGCCUAAGGGAGAUGGUGGAGGCUGCUGGCACAAAGUUGUGGUGGCAUUUUAGAACUGAAAGGUCCCUAUGGGGAGAUUAUAUGAAAGCAAAAUACUGUGGAAGGUCAAAUCCUGUCUGCAAAUCCUGGCAGUAUAAGGAUUCACAUGUGUGGAGGAGAAUGGUGAGAGCAAGAGAGAGGGUGGAAGGGGAGAUACAGUGGAAGGUUGGGGAAGGCAAGGUGAAUCUGUGGUGGGAUAAUUGGUCUGGGGAAGGUGCUUUGGCUAGAAUACUGAAUGUAACAGGAAAAACAAGAUCCAAAGAAAUGUUAUGUGGCCUGUAUAAGGAGGGGGGUUGGGACUUGGAGGGAAUUGGAACUGAGGGAAGGAGGUUAUUCACUGGAUUAAGCUUGAGGGAGGGAGUGCCUGAUACUGCCCAGUGGAGACCUGAGGCAAAUGGAAAGUUCACUUUUGCAGCAGCAAAGAAGUAUGAAAAAAGACAGUCAGGGAGUAGGAUGAUGUUUAAGCACUGGAGUAGGAGGGUGUGGGCUAAACAUGUGCCUUGGAAAAUCUCAUUUCUAGCCUGGAGAGUGUUUAAAAGGAAAGUCCCAAUGGAUGAUGUUUUGGUCAGAUUUGGAUAUAGUUUGGUCUCAAAAUGCAAUUGCUGCAUAGCACCAGCUCUAUGUACCUUACAACAUGUGUUCUGCGCAGGGGAAGUGGCCACAGAAGUUUGGGGCUAUUUUGCAGCAACCCUGGGAAUAAAAAUUCAAAUAAGGAGUUUAGCACAAGUCUGCUAUAGCUGGUGGAGCAAGAAGAAACAGAACAGGUUAGAAAGAUUUAUUGUUGAAAGGCUGCCAAUGUUGAUUAUUUGGGGACUGUGGGUUGGAUUCACUCAGAGCAAGUAUGGAGGGAAAAAAAUAAAUGCAGCUAGAGUGAAGUAUCAUGUAGCAAAGGAGGUAGCUGAUUGUAUUGCAAGAAGGUGGCCUGGAUGGGAUCCUUUCCCUCCCAGCUGGGCUGCAAUUCUGAGAAGAGUGGAGAGGUUUGGAGUGCAAAGCUUGGUGAGGGGUAGCAGAUGGUCAAAGCCACAGGGGGGUUGGAUUAAGGUUAAUUUGGCAGAGGGGACUAAUGGAAAAAGUUGUGGUUUUGUGAUAAGAAAUGCAAAUGGAGUGUUCUGUCUUGCAGGAGCAUAUUCUGUGGAGGACAUGGGUGUUUUGAAUGAACUAAGGGAGGUCAUGAUUCAGGAUAUAUGGGCUUGGUGUAGGAGAAAAAAGUUGGAGAAGGUGGUGUUUGAGUCUGAUGAGCCUUGCUUUAAGGCUGUGAUUCAGGGGGGGUCUAUUAUGUGGAAAAGAUGCAGCAGUCAAGUGAAUUGUCUGGCAGCAUUUUUGGCUAACAAAUUUGAAAAGGAAAGCUUGGUGUUCUGGAAGAAAGGAGGGCUGCCUCAUGGGUUCUUUCAGUUAUUGAGUCUGGAGGGUGCAAAGGUAGGAAUGGAUAGGCUUGCUUUGCUGCUGCUCUCUUUUGCUGUCACAGGGUUAGAUGAAGGUUUGGAUGGACACACUGGCUGUGAUCUGUGUUAG